AUGCGUCCAGUGAUAAAUCUCCGCGCCCUGAACUCUGUGGUGCGAUAUCGCCAUUUCAAAAUGGAGGGGAUCCACCUCCUGCGGGACUUAUUAGUUCCAGGGGACUGGAUGGUAAAAUUGGACCUCAAGGAUGCGUACCUGACGGUCCCGAUUGCCGCGGCAUCCAGAGAUCUCCUGCGUUUCCGUUGGGGGGACGAAGUGUGGCGUUUCACGUGCCUCCCGUUUGGCCUGUCUUCAGCACCUUGGUGCUUUACCAAACUGUUGCGUCCGGUCAUGGCCUGGCUGCGGUGUCGGGGUGUGCGUCUAAUCGUCUAUCUGGACGACAUCCUCGUUAUGCAUCAAUGUCAGUCGACGCUGCUGCAACACCUUCAGUGGACCUCACAACUCUUGACAGACCUGGGUUUCCUGCUGAACCCCGAGAAGUCGAUCCUCACGCCAUCUCGUCAGAUGGAGUUCCUGGGCUUUACAGUGGACUCGGUUUCGGAGUCCCUCAGCCUCCCGAUGGCGAAAUUGCGGGCGAUCCGCAAGGAGUUGAGACACGCUCUCGCGGCUACCUCCCUGUCGCUGCGCCAUCUGGCCCGCAUCAUUGGCCUGUUGGCGUCUUCGAUCCAAGCGGUAUUCCCGGCGCCUCUCUACUAUCGGGCUCUACAACGACUGAAGAUCGCCCAUCUUCGAGCCGGUGCCACCUUUGCGGAUCUGGUGGUCAUGGAUCAGGAGGCUCGGGAGGAGCUCCGUUGGUGGAUAGACAACUUGGAGGCGUGGAACGGCAGAGCGAUCUUCGGUUUCCAACCGGAUUUCGUGGUGGAAUCGGACGCGAGUCUCAAGGGCUGGGGUGCCCACUGCCAAGGCAUUUCCACGGGUGGUCGAUGGUCAGAGGAAGAGAGCCGUCUUCACAUCAACGCGUUGGAACUUCUGGCGGGUUCGUUCGCAAUCCGGAGUUUCUCCAAUGGCAUGGCCCAUGCGUGUAUCCGUUUGCGCAUGGACAAUGUGUCGGCGGUCCGCUAUGUCAAUCACCUGGGCGGCACUCAGUCGGCUACUUUGGCUCGCCUCGCAAAGGAAUUCUGGUCCUACUGUCUUUCCAGGGACCUCAUGGUGCAGGCGGAAUAUCUCCCGGGUCUUCACAACUACAGAGCGGAUUGGAGCUCCCGGUACUUCACGGACGGCAGCGACUGGAGGCUUGCUCCAGAGACGUUCUGCUCGAUUUCGGCCAUCUGGGGCCCUUGCACCAUAGACCUUUUUGCGUCGCGGCUCAAUACCCACCUUCCCAGGUUCUUCAGCUGGCGCCCGGAUCCGGAAGCGGAGGCGGUGGAUGCGUUUCUCCAGAACUGGGCUUCGGCUCUACACUAUGCGUUUCCGCCCUUUGCCAUGAUCCCGAGGAUGCUGCUUCAGACUCGUCGUCAGAUGGCGGAGUUGGUAGUGGUGGUCCCCUUCUGGGGGACUCAGGCCUGGUACCCGAUGCUCCUGGAACUCCUGGUGGAUGUACCUCUCCUCCUCCCGGUUCGGACGGAUCUCCUCCUGGGCCCUCUGGGCGUGCCCCACCCCCUACUGGUCGACGGAUCCCUUCAGCUUCUGGCGUGCCGGAUCUCGGGACUCCCGGAGAGGUCGAGGGAGUUUCGGAGGCGACUAGACGCCUCCUGGAUAACGCUUGGGCUCCCGGCACCCGAAAAUCUUACCGGGCGGCUUGGCGAUCUUGGGUUAACUGGUGCGUGGAACAGAACCUUGAUCCCGUUUCGGCGCCUGUGA